GGUUCCUGGAAGCGCCUCCCGCGGCCGCUACAGUCGUGGCUGCGCAACUACAUCGGCGGCACCGCCCUUUACUUGGUCUCCGGCUUUCUCUGGUGCUUCCACAUUUACUACUUGAAGCGCAAUGUUUACAUCCCCAAAGGUCUCCCUCGCAUCUCUCUCUCUCCGUCCCCUUUUUCUAUCAACUCGUUUGGGUCAAGUUCAUCUCAGUCGUUGUUUUUGUGAUCUUAUUCUUCUUAUUGUUUCUGGACUCUUGCUGGGAAGGACAAAAGUCGGUUCCCUGUUGGGAUCAUCUUUCUCUCCUUGUGCUUUUUUCCUCGGGCACUCAAUGUUUGUUAUUUUUUCUCCUUGACGAUGUUUCAUCAUCAUGCUCUUUCUUUCUAUUUCCAUGACCUCCUUUGUUGAUUUCUGCGGUCUAAGUGGGCGAUUUCUUGGUUUGUGAUUUUGUUCUUUUCUUUUCCCCUUCUCAUUGCGAGGGAAAAAAUAAAUAUAGAUAUUGGGUUUCUUUAAUUAUCUCAUGUUUUCUGGUUACUUAAGUGCCUCAAAUGUUGUUCUUUCUUGACCUUGAUGAUGAAAUGUGGUUUUUCUUGGAUGGGUUUUGGGUUCUUUGGGUUAGCAUCUUGUGCUGCUUUCUUUUUCCACACAGAUUGUCCUCAUCUUGGACUGGGUGCUAUUUUAUGACAAAUUGGCGAUAGGUUGAAACCAUCAGAGCAUUCUGCCUGGGCACGUUUGCACAAAUAUUCCUUGCCAUUUAUGUUGAAUUGGUUGGUUCUAAGAAACCAUCUGCAUAUAUAAUGUGCUUCUGAGAGUUCUGUUCUAGUGGAAACUAAUGUGGUUUCAGUUAGUCUAGUUUCAAGAAUUAUUGUCUUUGAGAAGAGACAUCAGGCAUAAAAGUUUAAAAGAAUCAUCUCUUGAUUUUUAUGAACCCUAGGUUGCUGGAAAGAACACUAAGCCUGACCAUUCUUAGAUAUUAUUAGCUUAAAUAAGACUGAGAAAUUUGUGUUACCUGCAGGAAUGGUUUUGCUAAAUUUGCUACAUUUUUUCAGUCAAGUUAUAUGAUACUGAUAGAUUCAGUUCGUACUUGAAAUGAGGUGAAAAUACUUUCUGCUAGGAUUUAAUAUCUAAUGGAUGGUAUAUAUUGAUCAAAGUUGCCAAAUGAGGGUACACUUGCUCACUUAAAUGCAUAGGUUAUAAGAUUGAAUUCAGUUGCAAAUUAUUACUUUAAACUUGCCUCGUUCCCUGUUGUUAUGCUUUUCCUUUAUUGUAGGUUAAAAUUUUGAAAUUUUGUCUCAAUGUUUUCUUAACAAAAACCAAACUUAGAGCUAAGGUUACUGAGAGCAAGCCAAAUAGAGAUUAACUUUUGGUCUUUGCAUCAGAUAUUCAUCGGAGAAGCUCGAUUUUGAAGUUAUAUGAUUAAUGAACAGAUUAAGAAUAAAACUAUCAAUGAUUUUCUGGAUGUAAAAGCAUCUGAGUCUCAAAAAAUGGGACCUGCAUUUAAUGAUAUUUUAGUUAUGCUUGUUUGACUAGGGACAUGGUCAUCUAUUGCUUAAUCCUUCUCGUGAAUAUCAUCUUCUAGUGGGGACUUUAAAAAUGUUAUGAUUUUAGCAGUGAUGGAAAAGAAUAUGUGUGCUAUCGAGAACCACUCUCAGACUUGCACUGCUGUGGUGGAAAGGCUGUUUGAUUUGUCUUCCAUAUUGUUGAAUAUGUGUAUGUUGAUUGGGGAUGAAGUACAUCCUUUUCUUGUCUUCUUUAUUUUUAUUUUUUCCAUCAUUUUCUCUCGUUUGGUAUUUCAUUUCCGUUGUUUGAAAUGAAAUGUGAGCUUUUUGUUGUUUGUUUUGAAAAAAAGAAGGAAUUGAUGGAUAUGACGACAUAUGUGGCCGAGAAAUUUUCACCAUUGAUCUGAAGAUAGCCCCAUCUUUUAUUUGGUUGGAUGACAAUGAAGAUAUUUCUUUAAGGAACUUUCCUUUCAAAGAUGGACAUUUUGUCAUCUAGGAAGCUUAAUUUGAAAAGCAAUGGCCACGAGAGAAUUCUAUACCUUCAAACAAAGCAAUGCUUCUGCAGAUAAUUGUUGCAAUGAAGGCUAUGCCCUGGUACUGUAUGCUCCCAACACUUUCAGAAUACAUGGUUGAAAAUGGAUGGACCAGAUGCUUUUCUAGUGUAGGAGAAGUUGGUUGGCCAGCUUACAUUGUUUACCAAACAAUAUAUUUAUUGAUUGUUGAGUUUGGUAUAUACUGGAUGCACAGAGAGUUGCAUGACAUAAAGCCACUAUACAAGUAUCUUCAUGCAACACAUCACAUCUACAAUAAGCAGAAUACACUCUCUCCUUUUGCUGGAUUGGCAUUCCAUCCAUUGGAUGGGAUAUUGCAGGCUGUGCCACAUGUGAUAGCUCUCUUUCUUGUCCCAAGCCAUUUCAGGACUCACGUACUUCUCCUGUUCUGUGAGGCUGUCUGGACGGCAAACAUCCACGACUGCAUCCAUGGUAAGAUUUGGCCAGUUAUGGGUGCAGGCUACCAUACAAUCCAUCAUACCACAUACCGGCACAACUACGGUCACUACACGGUAUGGAUGGAUCAGAUAUUUGGAACUCUUCGAGAUCCUGAGGAGGAAUUCAAAAAGGCAGAUUGAUGCAGAUCCAAUGAUUGAUUCUUCCAGGUGAGUGAGCCGCCGAAGUCCCCAUGUGUCCUGUUUCUGAAUUUUAAUUUAGCAUUGUUGAUGCCAUCUUUAAAUGGUCUUGUGUAUGAUUAAUCGAGUUGCCUCCCUAACUAAGUUGGUCCUGUUUCUGAAGUUUAAUUUAGCAUUGUUGAUGCCA